GCAAUGUCGUACUCGGAUGAGCAUUCUGGUGUGGCAAGCGCGACCGACGCUUGGAGAGAAGAUGUGCUUUUCAUUAUGUAGAUGUCAAUGCUGUCCGGCCACAGCCAACGCAGCCUACCAUUUAGGCGAACAAGACGUAGUAGACUGAGAGCAGCGUGCAUAGGCGGAGUCCUACUGACCGAUAUGGUCGCACAAGACGCAACGCGGGCUCGUCCUGUGGUGGACAUCCAGCGCUACGACAAAUUCCCGCCGGCCUCCCGGGAGAGGGAGCUGAAGAAAGUUGCCGACACAUUUGUCAGCAGUGGACGCAAUGUUUUCGUACAUCAUGUGCAGGCGGUGCUUGAGUUGCGCAGGACUGCACUUCUGGCGAGCGGAACGACCAAGAAGAAGUAUCCGAAGACUGCGGCUCAGCUGUGGCACGGUCUCGAAGUCGCGCAACGCGAUGAGCGGUUUUGCUGGAGCGAGCUCGUGGCUCGUUGCUUGAGGAACAGCAUUAACAAGGGUGAGGUGAGCCACGGAGAGUGCUUACGCCAUGCAGGCCGGCGGGGCGAGCAAGCUGAGUACCUCUGGCACGCUGAGCUGGCUGUGAGCCACUAUCUGGGCAUCCCUGCGCCGUCCCCUAACAGUGGUACACUUGCUGCGCCAGGGAGUGAGCACGAAGAUGUUGUGGCCAAGGGCAAUAUGACUCUCGUACUAGAAGAGCGACAGUUCGAAGAACCAGAGACCGGCGACGAGACAAUAUUCACAGCAGAGAACGAUACCGAGCUCUCGAAUGCAACAAUGCAACUGUCACUGGACGGCGCUCUUGACAAGGACGAGCUACGCAUUGGACAGAUCAAUACUUCUCAUGACCCUGCCAAUUCAGACGCUUUGCUCGACACCCUGCCAGACCGCUUCGAGGUGGAGCCACGAACGCUGUACAGCCACCUCGCCCGCUACGACUUCGAACAAGUCCGUCUAGCGGAAGCCAAGCAUCGAACAGCCAUGCUCCGCCAACUUGCAGACUUGCUCGAUAAGACUGGCAAGGAGCUCUUCUACUACUAUUUGGUGCCACAUCUGUGUCAAGAAUAUCGGCCACCGAGGGAUGGCUCGACAGUCACUGGCAAAGCCGGAGAUGUCUGGCGCUUUUUGCCAGGUAUGCAGAAGAAUCUGUGGUGUUCUGCGAGCAAUGCGCUGAAGAAGCAGCUGGGUGAUGGCGAUGUCACCGGACUCGACAUCCUGCUGCUAGGCAGCUCAGAACCGCAGGUACUGCGGCUGCAUGGCAUGGCUGAAGAAGCAAUUCAGCUUCACAUGCAGCGUAGAGUGACUGGCAAAGCGUAAGAGCACGAGAGUCAUUGUUUUCAAACGCGCAUAGCGCUGCCAUUGUGUAUCGCAAGGCUGAUGUGUGCAGCUGAGGUUGGAAUAUGCACAAUAUACAAUGGCUUCUUUGUACGACCCUAGCUAAUUUACCACCGAGCGACUAAACCAUUGUGUAUGCACAGC